UACUGUGCUUCUUCCUCUAAAACUGAGCUACAUUCCCAGAGGAUUAAAAGACAUAGAAACGAACAUUCAAUUGUGUUUUUUCCCCGUGCACUUUUACUCCAGCUGGGGAGGAAAAUCCAGAGGGGGCAGAUGCCCCCCCUUGUGGACUCCCAUGUACAUUUCUGAUUUCUCUCUCAAGGAAUCACAAUCCAUUAUAUAAAUCGUGAAUGACAUUUAUAAAGUAAGAGGAGCAGAGUGCUUUAACAGUAUUUGCAUCGCCCAAAGGAUAGUAGGAAAUUCUAGAUGCUUUAGGAAGAAUCAGCUAAAAGCACUACAUGCUUAUACUGUAUUGCAUACUCGCAAUCUAGAGAUUGUGGAUGCUCAUAAACAACUCAUGCACUUUUUUGAUCUCCUCGAUGUUAUUCAUAUAUACAUCAAAGAAAUCAGUGGCUGCUUUUCCAGACUGUAAAGAAGUAUAUACAAAGUCAUUCUUAAAUAGUGCAUUACAUAAGCCAUGUGGUUAGUGAUCCUAUUGAUCUCAAAGAUAACCCGAUGUAGAAGCGCUUGCAGCUGGACAGUAGCUGAAGUAUAACUACUUAUACACCACUUACUCUGGUGAGCUGAAGAAAUUUUCAGGAACAGGCUUUCAGAACAUGGAUUCUGACACUGUACAAAACAAAAAGGAUGAAGAUACUUGUAAAAAGGACGUCCAGGAGAGUGAUCAAAGUGAUGCCAGAUUAGAUAGUGAAUCUUCAAGUGGGCAUGAAUCCCCAGUAUUGGAUAAAGAAAAGAGAAUGACCAAAUAUCCUCUUCGAAAACAUUCUAAAGAAUCCUCUCAGAAUUCUGGGGACGAACUCACAACUGAUGAUGAGCAUUGUUCUAAUGAAAGUGAAGAGGCACAACCUAAACCCAAUGAGAAGAAGAGUGAUCUUCCCACUCGCAAACCCCCAGUAGAUCCUAAAGGUAGAUGCCGGAAGCGAAGCAAAAACAAUUCAGAGAUAUCGGAGAUUGCAAUUGAUUGUACAUCAUACAAAGCACAAAAAACCUAUAUAUGUACUGAAUGUGGCAGAACCUGCAUUUCAAGUUCACAUCUUGUUAUACAUCAGAGAUCUCACACAGGAGAGAGGCCUUUUUCAUGUACAGAUUGUGGGAAAAGUUUUGCUAGAAGAUCGUCACUUGUAAUUCAUGAAAGAAUCCAUACUGGAGAAAGGCCAUAUACAUGUACACAUUGCGGGAAAAGCUUUACCAGUAGUGCCACUUUAUCUACACAUAUAAGAAUUCAUACUGGUGAAAAACCAUAUGUAUGCUGGAAAUGUGGGAAAAGCUUCACUAGUAACUCUUCCCUAUUUAUACAUAACAGAACACAUACCGGAGAAAGACCUUAUAUAUGUAUUGAAUGUGGAAAAAACUUUUCUUGUAAAUCUGCUCUUGUGAUACACAAGAGAUCUCACACAGGAGAGAAACCAUAUACUUGUGAGCAAUGUGGCAAAAGUUUUGCUGAUAAUUCAAGGCUUGUUAAACACAAGACAGCUCAUACUGGGGACUGGGCUUACGUAUGCACAGUGUGUGGCAAAGGUUUUACUUGUUAUUCAAAUCUUAAUGUGCAUCAGAGAUCCCACACAGGCGAGAGGCCAUAUGCAUGCAAUAAAUGUGAUAAAAGAUUUGCUCUUAAUAGAGAUCUUGUUAGACACCAGACAACACACACAGGAGAGAGACCAUUUUCAUGUUCUGAAUGCGGCAAGAGCUUUAGUCGUAAGGCACAUCUUACUACACACUUGAAAAUUCACGCAAGAUCAAAGACAAAGAUAGGCUGCGAAUGAAGAUCAUAGUUUUAAAGGAAGUGUAAGAUCGGCGAAGCUUGGUAUUGUAAAAUUGUUUAUAUUCCACAAAUACAACAUAUAAAGUCAUCUGAAAGACUAAACAAAAAAUACUGGGACUUUGUUACAAAGGCAAAGAGUUGCAUAUGUCAUGCUACAAAUAUUUCUACUGUAAAAUGUGUUCUUCAAUAAUGCAUCUGUGUAACAGCAACAUUAAAUACAUCAUGCAUGUUUAGAUUUUUUAUUUUACAUUAUAUUUGUAAAUAGCUCACAUUCGUGAAAGCAGAUUAGUAUGUUUUGUAUGAUUGGGCUGUAAAAUGUUAGAAAUCUAUGUAUAAGCACUAUAUAUGGUUAUGUACCACUGGUUUACUGUUUUCUAAAGCCUAUAAUUAUGGUUGACUUUAGGGGUUUGUGACAAGGGUAGUCAUACAAGAUCCUAAGCUGGAGAAUAGCAAGAUAUGCAGCAAUGACAACAGGAAGCAGUAGGCAAGCUGCCAAAUGUUCCUUUAUUUACCGAUAUUAUUUGACUCCAUGCUUGUGCAGUGCUAACUUUAGCUAUUUGGGAAAGGUUACUACCUUAUUUCUGUAGGAGUGAGCUUCUACAGCACUCGCACAUAAGAAAGAAAAAAAAAAGUGAAAUGUACCACUACCAAGAGAAAUACACAGACAUAUUAAGUAAUCUCUCUAUAUGUGGUUUUGGAAUCUAAGUAGUAAAUUCACUAAUCUGUGGGUUAAAUGUCACAAGUUAAAAUGAAAUAAAAGUAAAAAUGAAACCUUUCUGAUUGAGACACAAAACAGUUGCAAACACUGCUGCUGUAUUUAAAGGGACAGUCUAGUCAAAAUUAAACUUUUAUGAUUCAGAUAGGGUAUGUCAUUUUAAACACUUUUAUCAUUAAAUUUGCUUGGUAUGGUAUUCUUUGUUAAAAGCUAAACCUAGGUAGGCUCAUAUGCUAAAAUCUAAGCCCUUGAAGUCUGCCUCUUAUCUCAGUGCAAAACAUUUUUUAUUUUUUUUUGCUAAAAUGCAAGUCUGUCAAAAUAAGUGAAAUAAGGGGGCAGUCUCCAGAGGCUUAAAUACAAAGUAAUAAUGGAGGUAAAAAGUAUAUUAAUAUAACCAUGUUGGUUAUGCAAAACUAGGGAAUGGUUAAUAAAACGGAUUAUCAAUCUUUUUUUUUUUUUAAAUUACAAUUCUGGAGUAGACUGUUCCUUUAAGACACAUGCAUGCGUCUGACCCUAGUUAGGCAUGCUCUUUGAAAAAGCAUACAAACAAAACAAAAUACAUUGCAUAAUAAAAGUACAUUUUAAAGUUUUUGUUUUUGUAAUGGCAAUGGACUUAGCUGAGUCAUCAUCAGCAUAUAAAACUUAUUUUGUGUCCCCUUACGUCCAAAGUCAAAAUUAAAGUUGCAUAAUUCAGAGCAUUAAUUGACUGAAUUGACUCAAUGAUCUACGUUUUGUAGUGAUCGUUCCAGAGCAUAAUAAGUUAUCUUAUUCUUGGAACUUCUCAGGUUGUUAUACUUGACUGAGGAGCAGAAAAUAAAUAUAAUUUACUAUAGGCAGAGGAAGGUCAUAAAAAGAUAUCUAAAUACUUUUCACUUUCAUUCCACUGUCUGAAAUGUCAUUAUUAAAUGGAAAUUAGCCCCAAACUUUCCUUUCAUGAUUCAGAUAGAGCAUGUUUUAAACAACUUUCCAAUGUAUUUCUAUUAUCAAAUUAGCUUAAUUAUCUCUGCAUCUUUUCUUGAAGGAGCAGCAAUUCACUACUGGGAGCUAGCGGAGCACAUCAUGUGAGCCAAUAACGAGACAUAUAUGUGCAGCCACCAAUUAGCUCCCAGUAGUGCCUUGCUACUCCUGAGCCUACCUAGGUAAGUUUUUCAACAAAUAAUCCUAUAUUAUAAAAGGCCAAGUAUGUUUGUCAGAUGCAGUCAUGUGCAGUUGAGAAUGCGCAAGGACAAACAUACCUGGCCUUUAACCGCAGCGCGAGAUAGCUGCAGGAAGCUCCAGCACUCUCAGCUGUUAUGUUACAGCUGAGAGCCGGAGUUCCUGAAGCUCCAGGCAUCUGCCGCAUAUGGAACCGGAGCACGAUGAAGGGAUAUGGAUAGAGGGAUAGAGAUAGGGAUAGAGGGAGAGGGAUAGAUGGAUAAAGGGAUAGAAGGAUAGAGACAGAGGGAUAGAGGUAUAGGUGUAUUUCUUUCCUUAAAUAUGUUCGCCAUUGUACACAGGCUUUAACACUCGUAUUAUGAUAAAUUAGAUAAUGGAAGAUAAUGGAAGAAAAUUGUAAAGUUAUUUACAAGUUUAUGCUCUAUCUAUUACUGUUCCUUUAAGUGGAGUUGUUGAAGUCAAGACAAGACCUGGAAGGCCAAGAAAAAUAUCUAAUAGAACUGCUCAGAAAGAAACAAACAAAAGCCCUGUUUCACUAAUGCAAACACAGCUUUAAGAAGACAUUAGACCAGUAUCUAAUCCAUUUGAAGAGCUUUGCAGAAAAAUAUUGUAUGUGUGCCCUGAGACUUUUUAGCUUAGUUUUCUGAACAAUUGUAAACCAUAUGUAUUCCUGCUAACCUACCCAACUUACAUGAUAUUUCCAAGUCCUCAUGAUUUUAUGGUAUUUUAAGGUGAGCUAAAGUAAAUUAUAUCAAAAGGAUAAUAUGGGAUACAGCACCUUUUUUCCUUCCUUUCCCGUGGCAAGGAGCAGGACUAGCCAGGUCCCAAUGUAUAACUGUAAAUAAGUAGAUUUCCAGCCUCCAGGGAAAAAUUAAAAGACCUUUAUUUCUCUUUUACAGGGUCCAUGAAACAAACAACAACGUUUCAAACCACUCACUGGUUCUUAAUCAUGUCUAAUUAAUCUAUGUACAGGUGUACCUUUUAUACCUGAUACAUCAGUUUAUCUAUACAAUAUUGCCAUCUUGUGGUCUUUUGUUAAAAUUGCAUGUAUACAAUAUGAAAUAAACAGUUUUAUUUUCCUUA